GCUGAAUGUUAUGAACCAAGCUAUUCAUUGACAAAUAGGAGAGUUUAGUUGGUGAACUACACAGUUAUUUGUGUUGUCUCCGGAGGUGUUGAGGAGACUUCCUUUUUCAAUCUGAAGCAACCUGACUGCAGUAAAAAAAAGUAUAUCAGGGCAUCAAACCCAUCAACUACAAGUUGAUUAUUUCUUGCUUUUAAGCUUUCACCAUGAUAUUGCUUUUGAAGAAUGUUUCGAUUUUUAAUAUGUUAAAGAAUAUUCUCGAUCCACAUAUAGGACUUAUGACUGCAGUUUGGUAUCAGCAGGAUAGGCUUAUUGACUGACGUCACCAAGUUUUGAAGCGCGGCCGUACUGUACCACUGUGCUUCCAGAGACGGCUAGUGGAGGGGAAAAGGAAUUUUGAUUUAACCAAUCCAUUCAAUUCGCACCAGUUCAAUGUGACUACAACACGCUUUUACCAUUCAUCCUUCAGUGGAUUAAACCAUAACAGAGCCCGUCUCAGACUCUUCCAACAUGAACAGAGCAUUUAACAGGCGAAAAGAUAAAACAGUGAUGCCCUCUCCUGAGUCUUUGGUGAACAGUCACAUAACAUACAAUGCUAAGUUCCUUGGAGUGACCGAGGUGUCCCAACCCAAAGGAACAGAUAUUGUUAGGGUGGCAGUCAGAAAGCUAAAGUUUCAAAAACAUAUCAGGAAAUCUGAGGGACACAAAACCCCUAAAGUGGAGUUGCAGAUAUCUAUCUACGGAGUGAAACUAUUAGACCCGAAGACAAAAGACAUACAGCACAAUUGUCAGUUGCAUAGGAUAUCCUUCUGCGCUGAUGACAAAACAGACAAGAGGAUAGUCACCUACAUCUGCACAGAACCAGAGAGCAAGAAACACCUCUGCUAUGUGUUUGACAGUGAAAAAUGUGCUGAAGAGAUAACUGUAACCAUUGGGCGAGCCUUUGAAUUAGCAUACCGGAAGUUCCUGGAGUCUGGGGGCAAGGAUGUGGAAACAAGGAAGCAGAUUGGCAGCUUGCAGAAAAGAAUUCAAGACUUGGAAACUGAAAAUUUCAAAUUAAAAAAGCGACUAAAAGAUCUUGAAGAGCACUUAAUAGAUUCACCGCAUCUCCACUUAACAUCUGUUAGCAAACCCAACAUGUUGCAGCGGACAUCGUCAAUGUUUUGGUGCGGCAGCCUAAAAUCUCUAUCCUGUCUAGAGAUGUCCUCUGUCUCUCUAACCCCUGCAAGUUCUCCAGAAUCCAGCUUCUCAACAGGCCUACUAACACCACCACCCUCCAAACCAGCCCUGCUCCAAAAGCUACAAAGUGGAUGCUGUGUUCCUCGUCCACGAGCUGGAAGUAUUCAGUUGGACGUUCUGCCCACUGAUGUUUUUGACAUGGUACCGUUUUCCUCUGCAUCCCCUGUCGCGAACAACUCAAUGAAUGGCACCUCCCCCCCUCCAGUUCCUCCAACUCCACCACCUGUUGCACUCCAAGAAAGAGACAUAGAUGUGUUUGGAGCGCCACCUUUCAAUCCGUUUAUCUGCAACGCAACAGAUUUCCCUCCACACGUUCAAUCUAAACUGGAUGAGAUGCAGGAGGGGUUCAAUAUGGGACUAACACUGGAAGGCACCAUCUUCUCCAUGGACCCUGUGGACAGUCGCUGCUAAUAGCAAAACCUUAUUUUUUCUUAGCAAACCAUUCACUGUAUAUAGACACCAUAAUCUUUGUGUGUUUAUUCCAUAUUUCUUAACUGUUUAUUGUGAUCAAAGCCAGGCCAAAUGUUGACUACUUUAGAUUGUCUUUAAGCAUAUGGAAAUACGUACAGUAUAAUUUAAGGACAAAAUACUGAAAUGAGAAUGUCUUUUGGUGUAAUAUUUGUAUCUGUCAACAUUAUUUACAUUUGUCCAGAUGUGUGUGAAUGCUAAUUGUAAAGAUGUUUUCUACUAUCUUGCACCACAAAGCACAUUAAAGUGGUCCCUUGACACUCACCAUAGUGUCCCAUUAUAAAUCGGGAUAUUACGUUUCGAAACUCAAUCCCAAUCUCAAUCACUAUUGCAACUUUGUACUGUACAGUAUUAGUACUCUAUGCUAUUGAAAGUUAACCUAAUUUACAUUUAGAUUCACUUUUAAUGACAAAGGGUAAAAAGGGAAUGAAUGUACAAACGGAAGUGUAUAAAAACACCUCUGAAGAAGACGAUAACACUAAACAAUACAAGAUGAUAAUUUCUUUAGAAAACGUGUUUCUUUGAAGACCGCCACGUUAAUGAAAAUAUACAAGUGGUUCAUUGGUUCAGAUUUUAAUCUGUGCCUUUCUUUGAAUGAAAAACUAUAUUAAACAGCAUAUUUUGAGGUUUCUGUCAGGUAUAUUCCUAUUUCUUGCAUCCUGUAUGCUAGUUUAUUCCAAAAUAAGGUUAUCAAUUACAGAAAUUAUCCCACCACAAUUACGCAUUACAAACCCAAUAUUAUGUAUAAUUACGCAAGCAUGUAUCAUUCCCAUUAUGUUACUUAAACCUGACAGAAUAGUGGUUGAAUUCCACUCUCUUGUACGGUCAAAUAAUAUCCUCCGAUUGUCUCUACAACAUAGAAAUAUCACAGAUUUUGAUUUGUUAUGAAUAAAUUAUUCACCCACUCCUUUUUGAAGAAUGUAUUUUUGAUUCAAAAUACAUACAUUCAUUCUUUUUAUUUAACAUUAAAAUUAUAUAACAAUCACC